UAGUUCAUUUUUUACUACUAGAUGUCACUGUGGAUUUAGCCACAGGGCUAUUUUUCCGAGACAUUGAGCCAGCAGACGGAGCAGGAUGUCGUUAAAUGCUCACUCAAACAUUUUGAUGAACAUUAAAAAGGUAAUUCUUGUUUUGAUCUUUUAAGAUUACUUUUUGGUGAAUCUACAGUUAAUUCAACCCAUUUCCACUCGACCAAAUCAUUUGUUCUGAUGACAUGGUUGGCUUGAAUGCUGUCGUGCGAAAUUUUCCUCCAUUGCUACGCGUACCGGCUGCACGUCUCAUCCUAUUUUGAAAUAUUUGACAGAAGAGGUUUUACACCCAGGUGAGGGCUGAGCUUCUGCAGUGCUGUCUGACCCUGACGUGCUCAUGGUUUCGCUGCAGCCAGCUGGUGAAUGGUGAGGUGAGCUGCUUCCAUUCAGUCUGUGGUGCUGGUGUUAUCCUGAAAUGUGUCGAUUGUUGCAGACUUAUUAUCAUGUGGCCUGAAACUGCUGUACUUUUUCCCUGCCAUCUCUUGUUGCAUGUCUGGCAAUACGUUUCAUGUUUUCAUCACCUUAAGAAAUACUUCAGAACAGUGAAAGUAAUUAUGGUGAUCAACUUUUAACCCUAAGCCUGGUGAAGUAAGGCUACACUUUUACUGUAUAUAUGAUGACUGGCUCUUUGCUAUAUAUCUGUUGACUUUUCAGUUCAGAGAAGUCAUGUCAUUUCAAGAAAAAGGACAAUAAGGACUAUACAGCCACCAAGGUUCCUUGUUUGCUAACCAGUUGGCUACUACCCUUGAAUCUCCCUUUUCACUUCCUUAAACGGUCGCUCUUGAUUUGAGAUCAUGAUUGAUUGGAACCGAAACCAUUCUGUCUCGACACCGAAACUAUUUGGAACGGAAAUUGGAGUGCUAGUAAUACUACAGCCAUGAAGUAAGAAGGGCAUCACCACUAAAACAGUCAACAAAGCUCUUAGUUUGUUAACCUGUUGACUUCUACCCUAUUAAGUCUACAUUCUUCCGCUCUUAUUUUGAGGUAAAUCUUGCGCCUCUUAUCCAUAGGCUGAAUCCAUUGGUGGAAACUGAAUAGAGAUCAUUGACGACUGACUGGCGUGUUGUCAUCAGCAAUACGUACUGCUGACAUGGUGCCAUCCUUCCGUUGCCCCGAGCGGUGGUGCCUGCUCCAGCUACGCGGCCAGCAGAAUUCGACUUCGACUACUCAACCGACGGCCUAGUGGGUCAACUCCCCCUUCACUGACUCCUCCUUCCCUUGUUCUCAAGUCUCAACACAGAACGGAGUCUCUUGAGGACGACGAGUUCAUGAUUUUGAUGAGGAUUUGUUCUAAAUUUACAGGUUUCUAAAUCUGUAUGAACGACUAACUUCACGAGAAGUAAUGUCUUUUCAAGAAAGUCAACAAGGUCCCUUUUGUUUGCUAUCCCAAAGGCUGCUACCCUUGAAUCAUUUUCUUCACUUCCUUAAACAGGCCCUCUUGAUUUGAGGUGCUAUUAUAUAGGUCCAUGCUACUUGUCAUGAACUUCAGUACUUCACCCACUGGUGAAAAUCAACGAGAGAAUGCAACACCAACUGCCAAGCAUGCAAACAUCGACUUUCAUAUACCAACGAUCAAAUAAAUCACAAUUCGACAACAAGGAAAGAAAGGCACUUUUUAAAAAGAGUUGAAUCCGCACGUUAUUGAAUCAAAUUUCGCUAGUAUCAAGAACUUAUAGUAAUUCGCCGUUUCAAAUUGUUUGAUUAUCUAACCUACCUCCUAAAAAUGUCGAAAGAUUACAUAUAUAUCAACCUUAUGAUGAUUGACCUUAUGAUGAGGCAAGAAGAACAUGGUCUAGAAGAACAAUCUUGUUUUUCCAAUUUUUAAAUAUCUGUUAUGCAUCCUACUGUGAAGAUUGGCAUCAUGGAAACUUCAUAGAAAUGUUGACAAAUGGGAUUCCAGUUUAACAAUCAAUUACAAACAAAAGAAAUUAGAAUAGGCAGGAAAGGAAGAGGCAGCAAAGAAAGGAAAAAAAAAAAAGACAGGCAAAGAAGGAAUCUACUCCACAAUAUCCCCAUUGUGGUGAAUGUAUCGCUUGUUAUAGAGUAGAUAACUAACAAGUGUGACGCCUGCGAACGAAAAUCUCGUCAUCAAUGCAAAUAUCGAGUCUGUCUCACCUUCGCCCCAAAGAAGAAAGUCAAUAUAAAAUCUGAAGAAGAUGAUCCUGUGAUUAACCCUGUCCUGAACGAAGCAAACUAUUCCGACGAUGACGUCCGGGAGCCAAGUCUUCGGAAAGAGAAACCUCCUGUUCAGCCCCUAAACCAUCUCGACAUUCAACCAAUAGAAAGGAAAAAACAAAGGGAAGAUGCCGUUCCUCUGCGGCUACUGGGGAACAUUGCCGCAGAAAGAGAAUUACUUCGUCGACAGAUUCUGGAGGUGAAAGCGAAGUUGAAAAAUCUCUGGCCCGGAAUAAACAAAAGAUUAUCCACUGUUAUGGUCCCCAACGCUUCCCGACCUGGAAGUAAAUAUUGCAGUGACCAAUGUGGUUUAAAAUUUUGAACUACUCGUAAUUAUCAGAUUUUGCCUCAACGCAUUCAAGAGUGGGGCUUAACACCUUGUAUAGCCGAAGAGAAGAACAAGAAAGAGUUGGAACAAAUUCGUAAACAGCAAACCGAUGCCCGCGAAGCUUUGGAAGAACUAGAUCUCAAACAAAAGAAAUUGGACGUAAUAACAGCAAAGGCGAAAAAAUUUACAGUAGACAUAAACUCUGACGAUGAAGCAGAUGAAGGUGGAGACGGCGAAACGGAAUCGGCUACUUUCAGUGCCUUACUUUCGGUAUCGGUGUUACACAAACCAUAUCAUCGCCGACUUUGACGAGCUGCUGGGCGAGGAGCGAUUCCGUUCUGUCGACAAGAUCAAGACGGUCGGCUCGACUUACAUGGCCGCCGUCGGGCUGAUGCCGGACAUGCGGAUCGGCCAAGUGGAGACGGACGCCAACGUGACGGCCUCCUUCUACCUUGCCACCCUGGUGGAAUUCGUGUUCGCCAUGAAGGAGAAGCUGCUCUGCAUCAACGAGAACUCGUACAACAAUUUCACGCUCAGGGUGGGCAUGAACAUUGGGCCGGUCGUGGCCGGCGUCAUUGGCGCCCGCAAGCCGCAGUACGACAUUUGGGGCAACACGGUCAACGUGGCUAGUCGCAUGGAUUCCACCGGAUUACCCAACCACACUCAGGUGACGGAGGAAGUGUAUCAAGUGCUGAGGCACCAGCCGUACGAGUUCCAGUGCCGUGGGCGGGUCAAAGUCAAGGGCAAAGGCGAGAUGACGACCUACUUCCUGACGGACCGCAAGCAGCCGGCCACCGUCCGGGUGGACGACAUCGCCAUGAUGAUGAUGAAGCAGCCCAGUCACCACAACAACUCGAAUCUCAUGGCCUCCAUGUACGGCGGAGUCAUUACGCCGCUGGCCCUGGUCCACCAGCAGAUCCGCCAGCAGAAUCACCAGCAGCAAAUGGUUGGCGGGCCGCUGGUCCAGCUCAGACCGGUCGGCCGGAGCAACAGCGGCGGAAGCGGCAGCCGGGACAGGCGCAGUCCCAUGCACGACGCCCUCCACCCGAGAUUCCAUCCGCUCUCGGAAGAGAUGAUGGCCCCGCCGCUGAUUCCGCCACCUCCGCCCACUUCCGCCUACCACCAAGUUCCUCGUUUCACCAAGAAUCCUUACCUGCAGCAGUUGCAACAACAACAGCCGCCGGUCAUCAUUCCCAACAGCAUCCAGCCCAAUCCGCCGGUGCCUCGGCACAGCAGCACUCCGCCGCGCAGCAACGGCCGCGUCCACCACCACCAGCAGCAACAACAACAACAGCAGCAGCAGAUGCAACAUCAGCCAACGCCGCCGUUGUUGCAGCAGCAACAACAACUGCAGAAUCUCAGCCCCAUCCGGAGUUGUUCGGAAACGGAAAGCGGAUCGCCUCUGGGCAUGGGUCUCUCGGUCAGGACGGUGACGGCUGGUCCGAUCCAGCUGCAGAAAUCGCCCAGCGCCCCACCGCUCAAGAGGCAGCACCAGCACGGAAGCGGCGGCGGCGGUGGUGGUCAAAAUUCCGGAAUUCCGGGCCGACCGGCUUUCGAAUUUCCGGCGCCUCCACCACCUCCUCCGCACGGCACUUCGUCUGCGGGCAGCAGUGGGCGAGCCAUGGGCCGCAACUUCCGCCACCGGUCGGACGAGAGUCUGUCCGGAAUCGGUUCGUCGAUGAGGGGCGAGGCCUAUUCGACGCGAAUCCACUCGUCGGCGGAUGACGUCAGCUCGGCCAACCGGAGCGAGCGAAGUGAGAGCGAGACGGAGGACAGCUCGUCGGACGAGAGUUACACCAAGACGGAAGCGGAAGUCGACCCGGACAGUCCCGGAACGUCACCCAAUUUCCGUAUUCCGUCGCUCCUGCCGCUCAGCCUGGACAUCGAAAAGGCCUGGUCUCGCAUGAACGCCGAAUUCACGGCCAACGGGCACCGGCCCGAAGUGGUGGCCCAAUCGACGCCCUCUAGGAUGCCGACGGCCGGCAUGGCUUCCGCCGCAUCGACGACGGAAGCGAUCGAACUCAAAGAUUUGCAUUUGCUGAAAGUGCCGACGCCCAAAUUGACGACGGCCGGAAGCAGCAGCCGCUCGAUGAAGUCGGGGACCACUGCCGCCGAUUCCGACAUCAUGGCCGAGUCUUGCGUGGCGGAAUCUUGCGCCAGUUUCGAGUUUGUCGACGACGACGAUGAGCCGGAAGGCCGGGUGGAUGACGACGACGACGACGAGGAAGAAGGAGAGGAAGGAGAGACGACGGAACAGGAGCAACAGCAGCGCUCGCAACCUCCUUCGCCGCCCAAGUUGCUGGUCAUCAGCUCGGACGGAACCAAGUCAAGUUCGGCCGUCUGCAGUCCCAGCAGCACGUCGGAGAUUGGCAGCGUUUUCGGGCUCCGCUUCGAUCCGCAGGAGAACAAGAUGACCCUGCAGCUGACGGCCACGGCCGGCGAAACGGUUCGAUCGCCUCAGGGCGGCUCGGAACUGACGGAAUCGUCCAAACUGACGCCCAGCCGGUUCCCGCUGGAUCUGGGCAGCCCGACGCGGUCGGAUGGCGGCGGCGGCGGCCUCUUCCCUAGUCUCAAAAGCCAGGCCAAGAAAAGUGAAUACGAGAACGCGACGGACGACGAGCGGAAGCGCGAAGAAGUGGCCGAGGCCGUGGACGUCAGGCGGGAGCAGGAGCAAGUGCGCCAGAUCCUGGCCAGCGCGGCGGCCCUUCAGGCGGAGACGAGCCAGUCGGAGUGGAGCGAAGACGACGACGACGAUCUGUCGGACGACGACAGCAACGAAGACGGCCAGGACCAGGAUUGCCCGCAGGGACCUCUGCUGGGCUCCAACAACCAACACCCGUCGCUGGGCAACGGCAGGAAACUCUGCCACAACCGGCGGCGCAAAUUCCAUUUCGGCCUGGCCAGCGACGUGGAGUCGACGGGCUACACGACGGACGACGCCGGCAUGGAGAACCUCUCGGUGUUCAACGACGCCGGACUCACCGACGCCGAAGGGGCCCUGAGUGACAUCAAUUCACUAUUGAACGACGGAAUUCCCGUCGGCGAUUUCGACAUGGCCGACGACACGAGUCUCAGUUCCCGCGCUUCCUCCCGCUUCUUCGAUUCCGAACCCAUCCUCAAUUUGGAGACGUACACCAACAAUCCAUCCGCUUCCGGAAUCGGCUCAAAUAAGAUGACGAGCAGCAUGUUGUACGAUUCCGAGUACGACAACUACGGUCCGAGUUCCUUGGCGUCGGAUGACCUGUACGACGACGCGUCGUUGGACGUCGCGGCCAGCAAGCAGCUGAUUGGCGGAGAAGACAAAAUCCGCCGCGUUUCACAGCACAUAACCCGCAGCUUUGGGCAGCCCAGUCAGCGCAAUCUCAGCACUAGCAGCGACAGCGAAGACGCCUGAAGGACGUCAAAAAUAGAAGAAGAAGAAGAAGAAAUUGGAAUUCAUUCUAACCUUCAACAUACCUUCCGGCAUCCGCGCUCUCCCACUCAAAACUGCUAAUGAAUGAUCAUCAUCAUUUAUUCAUUAAUUUCACCUUGGAUAUUUUCUAAUGGCUCGUUUUCUUUUUUCUCUCUUCUCUUUGAUUGUGUUGAAUGUUUCAAAAUGAUUGAAAGCAAAGAAAUUCUCUUCGCAGCUUUACGAAGUUUGUAAUGCCACACACAGACUUGCCCUACCUGGGCAUUUAUUAUUAUAGCACGUCCGUUUUUUUGGUUUUUCUCUUUGGAAUUUACUGUGAUUCAGUUGACCCAAGCCUCUUUACUAAGAAUCUUUAAACUAGAACUGUUUUCUGUCUUGAUUAUUAAUUGAAUUCAAACUGCUGGUCUUUUUGCAUAAAAUAUCUUUCUUUUUUCUAUCUCUCUCGAAUCGCCGCUCUGCAUGGCUCUUCCUAUUUUUUGGCAUUUGCUCUCCCGCUCAUCAUAUCUCUCGCUCGUUCGUCAUUGGCUUUUUUUUUUUGUUUCUUUGACAGUUUUUUUUUUGUGUUUGGUCUCGCCGAUAUUAUCAACGUGUUUUUGUUUUCGUGUGCGUGUUUCGAUUGAUUAUUUUUCGUUCAGUGGACAGAAAAUGGUGUGCCUUUAUCUCUUCAAUUCAAUUGUGAAUGUCGUCGGUUACUACGCUGAUGAGCGGUCAAUUUUCAAUGUUUUUCGAUUGCUGUUAUACGAUUCCCUUUUCGUUCUUGUUUUACCUAAACAAUGUCAUUGUGUACUUAACUAGGUAUAAUAUUAUAUUGCCGGGGGAAACGUCUGACGUAGUAGGGUGUAAAAUAAUAAAUCGAAAAGGGCAGUCGGCUACUUUUAAAGGAGCGAGCAACUCUGAAUGUGGAAGAAACGCUUCCGGUCGUCAGAAAAAGAAAAACAGUUAAAAUAACUUACUCAAUGUUUAAUAUGGCUCUACUUAACUUACACACCUUUUUUAUAAAUGAGAAGACACACACACUCAAGCCCAUGUCAUGUAUAUAAAGCAAUAAGACAAUGUUUUCACCAUAGUUAAUUGUUCCUUCAAUAAACGACGAUCUGCUGGAUC